AUGCUGCAUCGGAUCCCCCAAUCGGUUUCUUAUCAGAAGAACCCUAGCUCCUUCGGAUACGACGAGCAAGAGCCGGGAAUUACGGUUUCAGAUUCCGAUCGGGAGUUUGAACUACGAGUCUCAAGCCCACCGGUUCUCAAGCGGUUGCGGCGGNGAAUUAAUACCGAGAAGUGUUCUGCGAAAGAUGAUAGAGGCGUGGCCAUUGAGGUGUUAGAUUGCAAGGAUGAUCGGGAUGAUGACAUCGAANAGUGGUCUUCUCCAGAGGAUUUUUCCAAUGGUAAUUACAUUUUUGAGCUUUGA